CACCUCACAGAGUUGUUGUUAGGGGAGGGAAAGGAGGAAGAAGGAGUAUUAUGAAUUCUUGAGUGACUCAUAAAGUAAUAAAGGCAGGACAAAAAUCUAAUAAAUAAAUUAAAUGCUGCAGCUGAUAGGACGAUGGUGGCGACGCUUCCCUCUCCGAAUCCAAGGCGAAUGGUCUUCAGAACGGUUCGGCUCUAGGUCGUUGCUCGGGACGAGGCAGCCCCACCCCCUGGAUUAAGUGAUUGGCUACCUUCCCUCCCUCUUUCUCUCCCUUCGACUUGCUGACAUCUUCCCCAAAGAAGGGGAAUCGGGAAGCGCUAGGACCACGUAGGCUCGGAGAGACCGCUGGAAUCUCUUCUGUGCAGAGCGGUUGUUGCUGCUGCUGCCGCCGCCGCCGCCGCCGCUGCCAUUUCUCCUCGCGUUCCCCGCUUAGAGAGAAAGGAGGGGAGCUGGAGGUUACCGAGGCUGACUGAACUCAAGCGCUUAGGCUGCCAAGACUCCCACUGCCUGCUGCUGCUUCUGCUGCUGCUGCUGCUGCUGUUCCUGCUCUGGGCAAGCGAGGAAAGCAGACCAAGGAGGGCGGGAGGCUGGGGGGAAGAGAGAGAGAGAUAGGCAGAGGGGAAAUCAAGCUUGGAGGAGAGAGGGAAGCCCCGAGAAAGAAGGAAAGGAUCCGCUCUUCUCCUUCCAGAGUCUCCAUGGCGCAAGGAAAGCGAUUGAAGCCGAGGAAAGUGUGAGGCAGUGGGGGAAGAGACCGACUCAUAACUUUCCGACGCCUCGAAGCCGUUUGUUUGGGCAGCUGGGAGGAAGAAUUUGCCUCCUUCCAUGCCCCGGUCACUUCAACGCCUCGGGAGAUUCAAUGCGCUAUUCCGGACUCUUUCUGGCUUCCUUCUUGGGGUAACUUUUGGGAAGUCUUGCAGCCACCACCGCCACAGCUGAUAGAAGUGCCCGGGGAAGAGCGGAGAGCCUUGGAAGAAGUACAGAAGGAGAAAGUUUCGGGUGAAAAUCCGGCGGAGAUUUUCUGCCCCCCCCCCCAAUCCUUCCACCACCACCUCCUCCUACCCAGCUGCUUGUUUGUGUGGGGGGGAAACUAAAGCGCCGAGAAGAUGAUCCGCUGCUGCGGAGGUGUCCGAAGCGGAGGAGACUUUCUGUGCCUGCUCCUUCUCUUGAUGGGUUUCUUAUUGCCCGCCUGCAGGACUCGCUUGUACACCAACCACUGGGCGGUGAGGAUAAGUGGCGGGCUCCCAGAAGCCAACCGGAUAGCGAGCAAGUACGGCUACAUCAAUAUAGGACAGAUUGGAGCAUUAAAGGAUUAUUACCAUUUUUACCAUAGUAAAACAAUUAAAAGGUCGGUUCUCUCAAGUAGAGGUACUCACAACUUCAUUUCCAUGGAGCCAAAGGUAGAAUGGAUAGAACAGCAAAUUGUAAAAAUAAGAAGAAAGAGAGAUUACAAACCUGGCAGCAUCCAAUCCAUGUUUUUUAAUGAUCCUAAAUGGCAAAGUAUGUGGUAUAUGCAUUGCAGUGAUAAUACACAUCUUUGUCAGUCAGAUAUGAAUAUUGUUGGUGCCUGGAGGAGAGGUUACACUGGAAAGAAUAUUGUGAUCACUAUUUUGGAUGAUGGCAUUGAAAGAAACCAUCCAGACUUGAUGCAGAAUUAUGACCCAGAUGCCAGUUUUGAUGUCAAUGGUAAUGAUAUUGACCCUAUGCCUCGAUAUGAUGCCAGCAAUGAAAACAAGCAUGGAACCCGUUGUGCUGGAGAAGUGGCAGCUACAGCAAAUAACUCACAUUGUAUAGUAGGAAUUGCAUUUAAUGCCAGAAUUGGAGGAGUGCGGAUGUUAGAUGGUGAUGUUACAGACAUGGUAGAAGCAAAAUCAUUGAGCCUCAAUCCCCAGCAUAUACAUAUCUACAGCGCUAGCUGGGGUCCUGAUGAUGAUGGAAAAACAGUUGAUGGACCAGCCUCUUUAACACGCCAGGCCUUUGAGAAUGGGGUCAGAACGGGCAGAAACAACUUGGGCUCCAUUUAUGUGUGGGCAUCUGGAAAUGGUGGAAGAAGUAAAGAUCAUUGCUCGUGUGAUGGCUACACCAAUAGCAUCUAUACCAUCUCCAUCAGUAGCACAGCUGAAAGCGGAAGGAAGCCUUGGUAUUUAGAAGAAUGUGCAUCAACAUUAGCCACAACCUACAGCAGCGGAGAAUCCUAUGACAGGAAAAUAAUCACUACAGACCUCAGACAGCGUUGUACAGACAGUCAUACAGGGACGUCAGCUUCUGCUCCUAUGGCUGCAGGAAUCAUCGCACUGGCGCUGGAAGCCAAUCGUUUACUAACAUGGAGGGAUAUUCAACAUAUUAUUGUAAGGACUUCACGGGCUGGACAUCUAAUUGCCAGUGACUGGAAAACCAAUGCAGCUGGUUACAAGGUUAGCCAUUUAUAUGGAUUUGGAUUGAUGGAUGCUGAAGCUAUGGUGGUAGAAGCAGAAAAGUGGACAACAGUCCCUCCACAGCAUGUCUGUGUUGAGAACACAGAUCGACAAAUCAAAACAAUACGACCAGAUAAUAGUCGUAAUGGACCAGAUAAUGGCGUUCGUUCAAUAUACAAAGCCACAGGAUGUGCAGACAAUGCCAAUCACCAUGUAAUAUAUCUGGAACAUGUGGUGGUACGAAUCACUAUCACGCAUCCUCGGAGAGGUGAUCUGGCAAUUUAUUUAACUUCUCCUUCUGGAACAAGAUCUCAGCUAUUGGCUAACAGGUUAUUUGACCAUUCUAUGGAAGGUUUUAAAAACUGGGAGUUCAUGACAACUCACUGCUGGGGUGAAAAAGCAACUGGUGACUGGAUUUUAGAAAUCUAUGAUACUCCAUCUCAACUAAGAAAUGUAAAGACUCCAGGUAAAUUGAAAGAAUGGUCCUUAGUACUUUAUGGGACGUCCAUCCAGCCUUACUCUCCAAGAAAUGAUUUUUUAAAAGGCGAUCGAGUACGCAUGAGUGCAAUUGAAGACCCUACAGAAGAUUAUGGAGUAGAUGACUAUUCAGGUCCAUGCAAUGCAGAAUGCAGUAAGAUUGGAUGUGGUGGACCAGGGCCAGACCAUUGCAAUGACUGUCUACACUAUUACUAUAAAUCUAAAAACAAUACACGAAUCUGUGUUCCCAACUGUCCACCUGGUCACUAUAGUGCAGACAAGAAACGUUGUAAAAAGUGCUCACCCAACUGUGAAACAUGUUUUGGAAGUCAUAGUGAUCAAUGUAAUACCUGUAAACCUGGUUACUUUAUCAAUGAAGAGACUAGAAGUUGUAUUACCACCUGCCCAGAGGGCUUUUACCUGGAUAACAAUAAGAUUGUCUGCCGUAAAUGCAGUGAAAAUUGUAGGUCAUGCACUGAAUUUCAUACAUGCACAGAAUGCAGACAUGGUCUAAGUUUACAAGGAACAAGAUGUGUUAUACGCUGUGAAGCAGGCAAAUAUUAUAAUGGCAGAGACUGUGAGCCAUGCCAUCACACCUGUGCUUCUUGUGAAGGCCCAGGAGCAGAUGCUUGCAUCAAUUGUACAGAAGAAUAUUUUAUGGAGAAUGGAAGGUGUGUGGUAACUUGUGGCACUGGCUACUAUUUGGAUCACUCAUUAGAAAAUGGAUAUAAAACUUGCAAAAGAUGUGAUGUCAGCUGCUUUGGGUGCAGUGGCCCAGGAGAAAGAAACUGUACAAGUUGUCCAAAUGGCUACAUCUUAGACACAGGUCUCUGUGUAGUUGGUCUUGUCUGUAAAGAUGGAGAAUAUAUUGAUUUUCUUGGUCACUGCCAGUUCUGUGACGUUUCCUGUUCUAAAUGCACAGGACCAACUCCGAAGGAUUGCAUUGUAUGCAAUGCAAAUAGAGUUUUAGAUGACAGGCACUGCGUUGUUCAAUGCCCUAGAGGGAAAUUUGAAUUUAACAAGCAGUGUCAGCCUUGCCAUGAGUCCUGUACGGAAUGCAGUGGAAGUGAAUCUAAUGAAUGCAUUAGCUGUGCUAAAGAUAAGAAAGGCCAUCUGCGUUUCCUCUACCUGGGAGAAUGCAGGAGGAGCUGUCCCUUGGGCUUCUAUCUUUCUGAGAAGGACAGUACUUGUGCACCUUGCUAUGAGCACUGUCAAGAAUGCCUGAAUCAAACCAGCUGUGAGAGGUGCUCAGAGGGAUAUUCUCUCAUUAAUAACAGCUGCCAAGAGCACAAAUGCAAAAAAGGGGAAGUCAAAGGCCUCGAUUCAGAAAAUUGCGUUCCUUGCCCUGAAGGAUGCCUCAUCUGCAACUCAGAUAACCCAGAAACCUGUACAUCAUGUAUCCAUAAUUAUUAUAUGUACAAUCAGCAAUGCUACAGAACUUGCCCUCAAAAUACUGUUCCAGAUGACAAUUCUCACAUAUGCAUUGCGUGUCAAUCCAAUUGUCAAAGCUGUGACAGAUAUGAAUGCUAUUGGUGUGAAGAAGGUUUUUUCCUUCUAGGUGGGACGUGUGUGAGAGAUUGUGGAGCUGGAUUUUACAAAGAUGAACUUACAGAAGAGUGUGAACCAUGCUACAAGACAUGCAAAACAUGCAGAGGGGUCAACUACAAUGACUGUACAAGCUGCCAAGGAAAUUUACAGCUGCUGUAUGGGAAGUGUGUAAAUCCCCAACACAAGAGAAAGCAUGGGAAAUUUUGGAACGAGAAGCUGAAGCUGCGCACCUCAGACGGUUUGGGCUCCACGUUCCUGAAGGGCCGCUUCUUCCCUUAUGUCCCGUCGCGAUCCUUGCGGUUGGCUGAGAUCCAUCUCUUCUCGGUGUCAUCCAGGCAUCAAAUUGAGACGGAAAAAGCACUUAAAGAGGCAUUCUUGGAGAAUGCCCGGGUGCUGCUGAAGGCUUUCCCCUUCAUGGCUCACCAAAAUACAAGUCUGAGCGUUAUCCGGAAGCGAUCAACAGCUACCGAUUUUCAGCCAUGUGCUCCUUCAUGCAAAACCUGUGAAACAGCUGCCAAUAGAUGUACUUCAUGCCCUGCAGGCCAAUUUCUUUUUGCUGGGACCUGUGGCCACGAUUGCCCUCGUCAAACAUUUCGCAAUACGAAGACAAAACAAUGCGAGAAUUGCACUGAGGACUGUGAAGAAUGCACAGCAAAUCAACACUGUCUGAAAUGUUUGUCCAGUACAAACAUGCCACGCUAUUUGCACAGAGGCGAAUGCUUGCAGGAGUGCCCCAUUGGCUUUUUCGCUAAAGAUGGGAAGUGUGGGGAAUGCGGCCUGCCUUGUAAAACGUGUAAAAAAAAUGCCACCACAUGCCUCUCCUGUGAACAGCCCUUGCUGCUUGAGGGCUUCAGAUGCAAACCUGAAUGCUCCAAGGGCUAUUUUGCUGCUGAUGGAGCCUGUGAAGCUUGUCCUCAGAUGUGUCAGGAAUGUAUUCAUCAAAGUAAAUGCAAAGCGUGCGUUCCUCCCUUCCAUCUGCACAAUGGGAUGUGUUUGCAGAAGUGUCCCUCUGGCUUCUACUCUCUCUCCACCCGCUGUCUGUCCUGCCAUGAGCUCUGCAGAGAAUGUGAAGGCCCUGAAGAAGAUGACUGUAUUGCCUGUCCUGAUACUUCCUAUGCAUUAUACAAAGGCAGAUGUUUUGAAGACUGCCCAGAUGGCACUUACUUUGAAGAUGAGACCAAAAGUUGCAGAGCCUGCAACGAUACUUGCCGAACUUGUUCAUCUGGCACAAAGUGCCUUUCCUGUGAAGAAGGCCUGUUGAUGACCAGCAGUGGCCUCUGUGUAAUCCCUCAGUACUGCUUGCCCAAUCAGUACUAUGACAGAGAGGGCAGGACAUGUAGGCCUUGCCACAAGGACUGUCUCCAUUGCAAAGGACCAGGCAACUUUCAGUGUCUCAGCUGCCCAAGUGGUUUGCAUCUUCUCAAUUCAUCCUGUGUUGGUUCCUGUCCUGCUGGGUACUAUGAAGAUACUGACUCCCACUGCCAUCCUUGUCACAGGACCUGUGAAACCUGCAAUGGGAAACACAGCACCCAGUGCCUUCUCUGCCCUCUAAACCGGUACAAGCAAGACCACCUGUGUGUCCAGAACUGUACAGCUGGGUAUUAUGUCAAUAGUGUCACCAGGACUUGUGAGAGAUGUCACACAAGCUGCCAGAAAUGUUUGGGACCUGCAUCUACAGAAUGCUUAUCCUGUGUGGAAAAUUUUUUCCUGCUCCACUCUUCUGGCCAAUGUGUCUCCACCUGCCCUGAAUAUUACUAUUCAGAUCUUGAUACUCAGACUUGUAAACGGUGCCAUCCAUUUUGUCACACUUGCACAGGGAAGGGAGAAUUUGAAUGCACAACUUGUGUAACAAAUUAUCGUUUCAUAGCUGGAAUGUGCAACUCGAUCUGCUUACUAGGAGAAUACCAAGUCUCAGAGGCAAAACAAUCAAAAUGCGAGAAAUGCCACAAUUCCUGUAUGCAGUGCAAGGGACCGGGUCCCUUCAACUGUACUUUAUGUCAUCUUAACGCAAAAAUGUAUGUUGACGAAUAUCGAUGUGUGCCAUGCUGUAAGGAUGCUGGAUUGAUGCCAACUCAGGAAUGUUGUAACUGCACUGUAAUGUCAGAUGAGUGUAUAUUGGUCGCUCCUAAUUUGCCAGAGAAUAUGAGAGGCAAAGCUGUGGCUUUGACAGCGGCGUUAUUAAUUUUGUUGAGUUUCAUCCUUGGGGCUACUCUUUUCAUAUGGAGAAGACUGCGAGCCAGACCUAUGCCUGUUAACCAGGUUGGAUAUAAGAAGCUGGCAGACAAUGCAAAGACUCUCAGCUCUUUCAAGAGCAAUCACUACCAGAGCACCAGCUACCCAGACAAUCAAGUGAAUGAAUACAAGGAUCGGGAUGAUGAUGACGACGACGAUGAAGAUGACAAUGAUAUUGUCUACAUGAGUCGUGAUGGCACUGUCUAUCGUAAAUUUAAAUACGGACUUCUGCAAGAUGAUGACAUAGAUGAACUGGAAUAUGAUGAUGAAAGUUACUCCUUUAGAUAACCUAGUGCUUGUACAAGUGUCAUUGUAUUUGUAAUGCUUUGCUGAAUAAGUUACUGGAAGAUGUAUGUAAAUGUAGUACAAGUUCAGAAUCUCACCUAAAUGAUAAAAAUAACCACUUACUACAUAUCUGCAAUGACUGUGGCAUUAUGUUUCCUCACCAUUUGGUAGAACAGAGCGAUCGGCCUUCCAUCAUACGGAAACCAAGGUAGGUCACUACUUUUGGUAAAUGGCUGUCUGUAUUCACCCACACCUUUCAAGUAUCUUUCUGCCUGCAGUUUUAUAUAAAAAUUGUAUCAUUCAGAUCAUGAAGCACUUGUCUGAGACAAAAUAUUUCUACAAUGUAAUAAAACUGAAAUUUCUUGAAUUAAAUUGCCCACCACUUUUCAGACGUUGGACAAAAUUGAUGCAGGGCUCUGUUUUAAGUCCCUCUUGUGUCGUGCACUGAUAUGGUGAUGAAACAAUGAAUAAUAUGGAUUCAGACCAUGUAGAACUGAAAAAUGAAUAAAUGCAACAGCCUAACCGUGAAUAUGAACAACUGAAUGUAAUAAAAAGGCAAAAGUUGCCUAUUAUAUGGAGAGUUUGUCAUUUGUUCAUCUCACUGAUUUGGUAAGUCUCAAAGAAAUAUUUGGGGUUAUUAUGUAAUCCACUCUUCUGAAACUUCUUCCUGUGGGAAAGAAAAAAAUUGAUUUUUUUUUGUGAGAAUGUACCAUGCAUAUUCACAACUUGAUGAUUAGGAAUCUGUUUUGCAGCACAAAUAAAUGGAGAAAAUUCUUAGGUAA